CCGGCCCGCCCCGCCGAUCGUCGGCCGCCGUCCGGAGCGACUAUGCCAAGAUGGUCCUGCAGGCGCGGAGCAAGCACCGGGAGGCGGCCCCCAAGGCGCCCCAGCCGACCCGAGCCUCGCAGCCGCCCGCGGACGCCGGCGCCGGGGACCCCGCGGCGGAGCGCGCCCCCCAGUCCCCGGGGCGCAAGGGCGGCGCUGCGGCCAGGAGGGGGCCCCGCGCGGAGUCCCGGGCGCCGGCCGCGGGGGGCGCGCUGGGGGGGCGCCUGCUCGCCGGGCUGCGCGGGGCGCUGGGCCUGCGGCGUGCGGGGCGCGGCCGGACCUGGACCACGCUCCUGCUAGCUGCCUUUGCAGCAGUGUUGCACUGGAGCCACAUAACACACCUCUUUGAAAAUGAUCGUCACUUUUCUCACCUCUCCACACUGGAAAGGGAGAUGGCUUUUCGCACUGAAAUGGGACUAUAUUAUUCCUAUUUCAAGACUAUUGUGGAAGCACCUUCCUUUUUGAAUGGAGUGUGGCUGAUUAUGAAUGACAGGCUGACUGAAUAUCCACUUGUCAUUAAUACAUUGAAGAGGUUUAACCUUUACCCUGAGGUAAUUUUAGCCAGCUGGUACAGGAUUUAUACCAAAAUAAUGGAUAUGAUUGGUGUUCAAACCAAGAUCUGUUGGACGGUGACCAGAGGAGAAGGACUCAGUCCUAUUGAAAGCUGUGAAGGAUUGGGAGAUCCUGCAUGCUUUUAUGUGGCUGUAAUUUUUAUUUUAAAUGGACUAAUGAUGGCAUUAUUCUUCAUAUAUGGCACGUACUUAAGUGGCAGCCGGUUAGGAGGCCUGGUUACAGUUUUGUGUUUCUUUUUCAAUCAUGGAGAGUGUACUCGUGUAAUGUGGACACCGCCUCUCAGAGAAAGCUUCUCGUACCCCUUUCUUGUACUUCAGAUGUUGCUUGUGACUCACAUUCUCAGGGCUACAAAACUUUACAGGGGAAGCUUGAUUGCACUCUGCAUUUCCAACGUGUUUUUCAUGCUCCCGUGGCAGUUUGCGCAGUUUGUACUCCUCACGCAGAUUGCAUCAUUAUUUGCUGUGUAUGUGGUGGGAUACAUUGACAUAUGCAAAUUACGAAAGAUCAUUUAUAUACACAUGAUUUCCCUUGCACUUUGUUUUGUAUUGAUGUUUGGAAACUCAAUGUUACUGACUUCUUAUUAUGCAUCCUCUUUGGUAAUUAUUUGGGGUGUACUAGCAAUGAAGCCACAUUUCCUGAAAUUACAUGUGUCUGAACUUAGUCUAUGGGUCAUCCAAGGAGGUUUUUGGUUAUUUGGAACUGUCAUACUCAAGUAUUUGACAUCUAAAAUGUUUGGCAUUGCAGAUGAUGCUCAUAUUGGCAACUUGUUAACAUCAAAAUUCUUCAGUUACAAGGAUUUUGAUACUUUAUUGUACACCUGUGCAGCAGAGUUUGACUUUAUGGAAAAGGAGACUCCGUUGAGGUACACAAAGACAUUGCUGCUUCCGGUUGUUCUCAUUAUAUUUAUUGCAAUCAUUAGAAAGGUUAUUAGUGAUAUGUGGGGUGUCUUAUCUAAACAGCAGACACAUCACAGAAAACACCAGUUGGAUCACGGAGAGCUGGUUUAUCACGCACUGCAGCUGUUAGCGUAUACAGCUCUUGGCAUUUUAAUCAUGAGACUAAAGCUCUUCUUGACACCACAUAUGUGUGUCAUGGCUUCCUUGAUCUGCUCGAGACAGCUGUUUGGAUGGCUCUUUUGCAAAGUACACCCCGGUGCUGUUGUUUUUGCUGUGUUGGCAGCAAUGUCAAUACAAGGUUCAGCCAAUCUGCAAACCCAGUGGAAUAUUGUAGGAGAGUUCAGCAAUUUGCCACAAGAAGAACUUUUGGAGUGGAUAAAAUACAGUACUAAGCCAGAUGCAGUGUUUGCAGGUGCCAUGCCCACAAUGGCAAGUGUUAAGCUGUCUGCACUCCGACCCAUUGUGAAUCACCCACAUUAUGAAGAUGCAGGUUUGAGAGCCAGAACAAAAAUAGUGUACUCAAUGUAUAGUCGGAAAGCAGCAGCAGAAGUGAAGCGGGAGCUGAUAAAGCUAAAGGUGAAUUAUUACAUCCUGGAGGAGUCAUGGUGUAUAAGAAGGUCCAAGCCUGGUUGCAGCAUGCCUGAAAUUUGGGACGUAGAAGAUCCUGAUAAUACCGGGAAGCCUCCUUUAUGUAACCUCUUGGUGAAGGAGUCCAAACCUCACUUCACCACCGUAUUCCAAAACAGUGUUUACAAAGUCUUAGAAGUUAAAGAAGAGUGAACUCUGCCUGUGGAGAACUCCAUCAGUCAUUGUUCUGAUGUUUUGCUGACAAGUUGUCCAUUGUUGUUCCUUUGAAUCCUCCCCCCACCCCCGGAAGUUACAGUUUUCUAAGUAGAAAACAUUUUAUCUAGUCAAUCUGAAUGCUACAUGAUUUUAAAAAUACUUUGCACCCUUGUCAGUUACUGUUUCGAUUCACCCCUUAAAGUUUGCUGUGCAAAUGAGUGUGUGCCUGUACUUGACUUACAUGUUUGUGCUACUGUGAGCAGAGCUGACUGUAGAGAACACCUAGUAAGUCAUGACAAGCAUAGUAAGAAGACAGUCCAUUCUAAUUAUUUUAGAGGCUACUAGUUCCUCUUGCUCUUGUCUUUUGGACAUUUCAGUGAUUAUUGUAAGUUCUCCAGUCAUGCCACGCCCUGCCAGUAACGUCAGCAGUAGGUGGGGCAGACAUAGGAGUCUGCUAUGUGAAGUUAUCAUUUUUUUAAAAUUCUAUUUCUUUACAGUCCCUCCUCUUGCUCAGUGUGCAUUUCUGCCCAUUAUUCAUUCUGGUGUUCAGGACCAAACUUCUUGAAAAAAUACCAUGUGGCAUUUUUACCUGUUUCCCUCUAUUUUUCUCCCCUAUGUUAAUUGUUAAAUGAGGCUUGUUAACUCAUCCAAUUGGUUAUAAAGUACUUAUUCUUGGUCUAAAAAAAAUAAUAGUGGCAAUUGUAUAUUUUUUCAAAUUUUAGUAUUAUUCCAAUGUUUACAUUUUAAUACCUUUAAAACCACUGUAAAAGGUUUUCCUGUUUAAUUAUAGAUUUAAGGAAAACUAUUUUGGACAACUCCAGAUAUGGUGCACCUAGAAAUGAUGUGUAUUUGAGCAGGUACAUUUUACAGUGAAAGAACCAACUGUGAUGGAGCGCAUGGUAAUGCUGCUUUUAUUAUUAAGAUGUAGUACAUCAUGACUAAUUUUCUGUCAUAAAGUAAACGAAUAAUGAGAAAUGGAUGGAGCUUUUACAUUUUACUUUAAAAAUUGCCUGUCUUUAACAAGACCAAGCCUUAAGCCGUAUUCUUAUCAUUUUGAUUCCAAAAACAGUCUUUCUCUAUGAGGACCUAACUGAUUCAGUCUUACUCCUCUCUUUUUCUUUUUUUUUUUCUUUCUUUCUCUUCCCCCCCCCCCCCACUUAAUAUUUUGAACAAUUGCCAAGCCUGCUUUGAAUUUGUUAUUUUGAGGUUUUGUUUCUUGGAAGUUAAUUUGCGUGAAAUGAGAUUCUUGAAAAUAGAGAAUCCUUAUAGUUUUGAGAAAUAGUUUUUAGGAUUUUAAAAGUCUAAUCAAACCUUGAAGUCUGGUAAAAUACCCUUUUAAUUAUACAGUGUUCUUUUAUUAACCACAGGCAGAUUAACCUCAUUGUGGAUUGUCCUUGAGACCUGAGACCUCAGGGAUGGCUUCCAGUGCUCACUCCUGGGAGCCACUGAAGAGCUGUUUUCUUUCUGCCUUCUUACCACAGCCCAAGGACCAGCCUGGUCUGGGUGGAGGACUAGCUGGUUUAGAACAGAAGCUGGAAAGACAGCGUAGACUGGGAGUGUGCAGCCCCAACCUGCCCAGAGCCCUGGUCUUCCUGGUUUGACUGGAGGUUCUGUCAGUAUAUUCAAGGCCUUGCUCUGUGCAUUCUUGCUUGCUGGUGACUUAUUCCUUAAUUUGCUUAUUUCAGAAAACAGAAGCAGCUGGGGAGUUGUGGAUCAAGGGAAAAUUCUGAGCAAGGAUGCAGCAAUCUAGAGACUUAAGAGGACUAGUUUGAGAUAGCCAUCCCAAGCAAGCAGAGAGAAAGGGAAAGUGUACUCUGCUCUCUGCUUGCUUAUCACCCAGAGGUGGCUGGUUUUUGCACAUGUGUCAGUUAGAGGUCUAUUAUGACUCCUCUUUUAAAGUUAAUGCUUUAUUCCAAUAAUCCCACACUUCCUCACAUGUUUAUAUGUCAUGAAAGGAAAUUCUGUAGGGAAAACACAACUUUCAAAAGACUGUAGUAAUUGUUUCAUGUGCUAGGGAAAGAAAAAUUGCCACAUCAACCCCGCCCACCACCAUUUCUUACAGUAUUUGUUGAGGUAGGUCUGCCAGCAAGCUCUGAUUAUCUUUUAGGCCAGUUUAGGAUGUAGACUUUGGGCUACACUGCACACUCAGCCUUGGUCACACGCCACAGCCGGUGCUGUAGAUAAUAAGUACCUUUUAUGGUAGCAUAGAGUAGUAGUAGGCUUGAUAUACAUAACAAAGCAGUAUUAAGACUCAGUAUUUUAUGCAUUUUUAGCAUUUAAAAAUAUUUUUGGUUUAGUGUGAAGAAGGUAUGGGUGGACAAGGAAGUGAUAGAAA